AUGAUCAUGAAGGGCGACGUGAAAGGAGCGUUCCGCCACCUAAUGCUGGCUAGCGGCCAUGUUCGCUGGAUGGCGGCCACAAUCCCUGAACUUGGUGUACUGAUCGUGGAUAUGUCCGCUCCAGUCGGGUGGACAAGUUCUCCCGCCUUUUAUGGCGCAUUUGGUGGUGCCAUCACGUGGUUAGUUACGAUUCUCGGUCCCGGAGCAAUCAACGAAGACAACUUUAGCUCGUGGGAAUCAAGCCUUCAAGUGUUGGGACUGGUGUUUGACAUCGCUGCACGGACGGUGUCAAUGCCUCGCGAAAAAAUCGCUAAAGCCCUUGUUCGGGUUCAAUCAUUAGCAAUUCAGCAACACAUCACUCGAACCCAGCUGCAGCAACUCCUAGGAAGUCUACGCCAUGUUUGUUCGUGUCUCCGCGCCGCAAAACCAUUCUACCAACGACUACAUGCCGCGAGUAUUCGAGCGCCACGCUAUGGAAGAAUAGCUGUCGAGAAUUCGAUGGUCUGUGAUCUGCAGUGGUUUACCAUGAUCCUAACUCAUGGCCGGCUUCAACAGCUACCCCUAGCAAGGUUUACGGAUCAACAACCCAUCGAUGUUCAUCUUUACAUGGACGCCAGCAACAGUGGCCUGGCCGUCUUCAAUCCCGCCACGCAGCAAUACAUCCAAGUGCGAUUUGAUGAAGAAGAACAAGCACGCAUUCACGCAGCAUCAGGCUCGGAUGGAUUUAACAUAAAUGUCCGGGAGCAUCUAUGUGUGGCCUUAGCGGCGUGGAUAUUUGGACCUGAGUGGGCGUCAACCCCAGCUAAACCCAUGAUCUUUGUCAGAGCAUGGUCUGAUAACACUUCGGCUGUGGCAUGGACAAACCGGCUAUCGAGCUCCAAUCCACUGGCGCAAGUGCUUAACCGAGCGAUCGGACUGGCGGAGGCGAUAUUUGGCUUUCGUAUUUCGUGUGGGCAUCUUCCUGGGGCGAUAAACACAAUGGCGGAUGCCGGAUCUCGAGCGUGGACAUCACCAUUUAGUGACACCUGGUCUAACUUAUCGUCUGCGUGGUCUUAG